AUGGAUAUUUUCUGUUUCAAACAGAAUAUGCAGUUUUUAGAUAUAACAGGGUUGGAAGUGGACGAGAUUCGUCACAUAAAUUCUUGUCUGUCUGAUACCUCUGAAAGAAUCUCCUUGCCUUGGACUCUCAAGAAGAAAUCUCCCCAAAAAAAAUUACACAGAAAACCAAAUGCAGCAGUCGAAUGUAAGAAGCUAUCAGACGUUGAUGAAGAAACACUGAUCUCACACGACAAUGCUAUAUCUGUUUAUACACCCACUUCUAAGACGGAUCAUUUCAUUCCCACACAAGUUUCUACAACGGCCGACAAAGUAACAGUUCCCUCCAAUAGAAUUGCGGAAGAACUUCGCAAUUCACCGAGUGUCCCAAUAUCGAACCUGAUCGAAAGUAAUACCGAAGUGAUGCCUGUUAAAGUUGAAAAUAUUGUGGCAACAUCCUCGAACAAGACUGAAGAAAUGAAGAAUAAGCCUGUGAAGGCUUAUGUGUGUGAUGUGAAAGAAAAUGGAGUCAAAUCAGAUGUUAAUGAACCUGUAAACGUAUGGGCGAAGAAAUCAUCGACGAGUCUCUUCAAGAAAGAGGAACCCACGACAAAUGGAGAGUUAGUGACUGAACGCAAAUUUCUAUCGAAUUUCGAAAUUGAUGGAAAAAGUGCUAAUCAACAACCAAGAGGCUUAAUCAAUAGGAGCAAUUAUUGCUACAUCAAUUCGAUUUUACAAGCCUUGCUGGCCUGCCCACCUUUAUGCAAUCUGCUGAUAGGACUUUCGAAGAAUUUGACGGAGAAUGGACAGGGCCUACCACCCAUCAUAAAGAACAUGUGCAAAUUCAUCAAUAAAUUCGAGAAGCUGCCCGAUUCCUACCUAAACCGUAUAUCGAAAAGGAACAAGAAGAAACGGGGGAGUUUCGACUUCUCCUGCGGCGACUCGAUCGAAGCCUCUUCGAUCUACACCAUCCUGAAUGGUACCAGAAGCGACUCGUUUCUCGUCGAGGGACGUCAAGAGGACGCUGAGGAAUUUUUGGGUCUACUGCUGAACGGACUGAAGGACGAAAUGAUGACUAUAAUCAAAUCCUGCAAAACUGAGAACAAGAUAGAAAUGAAUCGCGACUCCGAAGACUGGAAACAAAUGGGACCAAAGAACAAGGGUAACAUCACGAGAAAGGUUCGAUUCGACAAAACUCCAAUCAGCGACAUAUUCGGCGGACUCUUGUGCUCAAAGAUCCACAGAACGGGAGAUAAAUCCACAGAAAACAUACAGCCGUUCCUGACUCUUCAGCUGAACAUCAGAACGGCCAAAACCAUCACGGAAGCCCUGGAACAGCUGACGAUAAAGAAUCAACUUGAAGGAAUAACUUCGGCCAAGACGAAUCAAAAGGUGGAAGCGUGGCAGCAGGUGCUGAUCGAGAAGCUGCCGGCUGUUCUCGUCCUCCAUCUGGAAUGUUUCGGUUACAAGUGGAACGGUUGCACGAAGAUUAUGAAGACGAUGGAGUUCCCCAUCGACCUCCAGGUUGAUUCCAAGAUCCUGUCGGGAAAACCUAGCAGUUCUUCAGAGAAACAGUACAAGCUUUUCGCUGUCGUUUACCAUGAAGGUAAAGAGGCCAGCAAGGGACACUAUGUGGCGGACGCGUUCCAUUCUGGACAUCAUACUUGGUUGAGGUUUGACGAUGCAAAAGUGAGGUCAGUGUCAGUGGAAAGUGUUUUAAAACCGCAUGGAGACAGAGUUCCUUAUCUUUUAUUUUAUAAAAGAGGUGAUAUAGUUUAA